UAGAUCAUGAAAAAUAACAUAGCAACAGCUGAAAACAAUAUUUUUUUUCGUUGAGGUGAUUUGAGUAAUUAUACAGCAACAUGGGCAAGAAAACCAAGAAAGAAACGGAAGCGCCGCCAAAGGAUGUGUUUGAUACUUUGGCCGUGGAGAGCAAGAAAGCAGCUACAGUGGUUCUUAUGUUAGAGAGUCCAGAGGAAGAAAUACUUGUCAAGGGUUGUGAAGCUCUCUACAAAUUUGCUGAAAAAUGUGAUGAAAACCGUGGAAUGCUUCUUGAGCUUGGAGCAGGUGAACACCUCCUCAAGCUGAUUGCAUCAGAGGAGAAGGUCGUCAGAAGAAAUGCCAUCAUGACCCUUGGGGUCAUGUCAGCUCACAAUGAGGUGAGGAGACUGCUGAGGAAGAGUGACUGCAUCCCAAAUCUUAUCAAGUUAUUAGCUCCUGAAGAGGACACUCUGGUCCAUGAAUUCUCCAGUCUGUGUCUGGCUAACAUGGCUAAUGAGUACUCUAGCAAGGUCCAAAUCAUGGAACUGGGGGGUCUGGACCCACUGAUAGCUCUGCUCUCUGAUCCUGAUCCUGACGUCACCAAGAACACUGUGGAAGCUGUUUCUCUCUUGCUACAGGACUAUCAGAGCAGAGCAGCCAUCAGAGAUGCACGUGGCUUAGAGCCUCUGCUAGAGCUGCUGAAGUCCGACUACCCAGUGAUUCAGGAGCUAGCCUUACAGAGUCUGACCUUAUCUACCCAAGAUGCUGAGAACAGGGAAGCACUCAGAGAACUAGAGGGAUUGGAAAGACUUGUUGACUUUGUGGGCACAAAGGAAUUUGAAGACCUCCAUGUGCAUGCCCUGAAUGUUCUUUCUAACUGUUUGGAAGACAUAGAGAGCAUGGAACUGAUCCAGACCACGGGUGGUCUUCAGAAGCUACUGGCCUUUGCUGCUGAGUCUGAGAAGCCUGAGGUGCAGGAGAAUGCUUCCAAGGCCAUAGCAAGAGCUGCAAGGAAUCCCGAGAAUUGCAAGAUUUUUCAUGAGCAGGAGGGAGAGAAGACGUUGGUAUGUCUGCUAGAGGUUGAUAGUGCACCGGUCCAAGCAGCUACAGCACAGGCCCUCGCCAUCAUGGCAGAGAGCGCCCUCUGUAGACAGACCAUUGCUGAAUAUGAUGGCAUAGCCCCUCUUGUCAAACUGCUCGGCAGUGAAAAUGGAGACGUCGCUGAGAACAGCUCCCUCGCUCUGGCCAAUCUCACAUCAGCUACCGUCCAAAACUGUGUGGAGCUUGCCGAACGCAAUGGCAUCGAGCCUCUGAUUGGUCUCUUGAACUCAUCAAGAGAGGGCGCCCAAGCCAAUGCAGCUCAGGUCCUGACCAACAUGGCGACGGACGAGAUCUUGAGAGAUGACAUUCAGACCCGAGGAAUCGUUGGAGCUCUUCUGACACCCCUGCACUCCAGCAAUGCUAAUGUGCAAACCAAAGCAGCCAUGUCCCUAGCUGCCUUCGUCUGUGAUACAGAGUCAAGGAACCAGUUGAGAGGUCUAGGUGGGUUGGGUCCUCUGCUGAAGCUUCUUCAGUCAAGUAAUGAUGAUGUAAGAAGAGCUGCCUCCUGGGCCCUGGUUGUCUGUGCUAGUGAUCCGGUCGUUGCUACAGAACUCUGCAAGCUGGGUGGCUUGGACACCCUGAAGGAGAUCCAACAGUCUACGACUAGAAAGAAUGGCUUCAGUGACGUGGCCCUUGAGAGACUACUGGAUAGCAUGCUACCAGCAAAGUACAGUCUGAUGGGUUUCCUGGGUCCUAAUGAUAUCAUCUGCGAUGGCUUCUAUGAUGCUGGCAAGAUCCGUCCAGAAUCCAAGUUUGCCACGUUAGAGGAGCUGAGUGAACAAGAAGUGAACCAGAAGAAACCAAUCCUCCUUGUCAACUGUGGAGCAUCUAAGAGCCCACCUGUCACUCCUGCACCUACCAUCCCAUCAGAACUAGACGUCAAACAGGAAUCCAAGUCAAAUAUCAGAUCAUCAAAGUCAUCUGUCAAAGGAGCGAAGAGAGAGAGCAAGAAGGAGCGUGAGGAGAGAGAGCUUCGUGAGAGACUAGAAGCUGAGAGAUUAGCAGAGCAGCAAGCAUUACUAUCCCAGCAGCCACCCCAGUAUGAAGCUCCAGCUGAUCCUAUCUUUGAGAGUUAUAUGAGUGAUAUGUUGAAUGAUGUCAGCUGUCUACCUACCACCAGGGAACAAGUCAUCACAAUCGCACAAUAUGUCAGCAAUAAGAUGGGUGGUCCUAUCGAGAAGGGUGAGAUGGCAAACUUCAGCUAUGAACUGAGUCUGAGUCAACUCAAAUAUGAACUAAAGAGUAACAUCAUCCCUAUUGGUAGGAUCGAUAGGGGGAUCCACUGCCAUAGGGCUCUGCUCUUUAAGGCCCUUGCUGAUCGGAUUGGUGUGUCAUGCUCGUUAGUGAGAGGCAAUUAUAACAGAGCAUGGAAUGAGGUUAUGCUCACAGAUGAAGAGGACUCGCAAGAGAACCCCAAGUUUCCUCCUAAGGCCUACAUCGUUGAUCUUGUCCAUCAACCGGGAAGACUGAUGCGUUCAGACUCUAAUGAUGCAGUUAAUUACCAGAAGAUUUGAAAUGAUAAUGCACACGUCAAAGGACUUUAUUUUAAUCCUGUUUUGGUUUAUCAACCUGAGACUGAUGUGUUCAGACUCCAAUGAUGCAGCUAAUUACCAGAAGAUUUGAAAACGAUAAUGCAAACGGCAAAGGACUUUUAUUUUAAUCCUGUUUUGGUUUAUCAACCUGAGACUGAUGCAUUCACGCUCAAAUGAUAUAGUUGGUUAUCAAAACAUUUGAAACGAUAAAGUAAAGGUCAAAGGGAUUCAUUCAUGGUCCACAAUUAUAGAAGACCGAUGUGUUCAGACUUCAAUGAUGCAGAAUGAUUGAAACUAUAAUGUAAACGUCUUAGGCCUUCUUUCUAAAUUUUUUACCUUGUCUAUCACCCUGGGAAACUGAUGCAUUCACACUCAACUAAUGCACUCAAUUACUGUUAUACAUGUAUUUGAAACGAUAAAGUAAACAUCAAAAGCCUUCAUGCAUGGUUCACCAUCCUAUAAGAUUUAUGCGUUUAUGCUCUAAUUGUGAUACAUGUAUGUUGUUCCAUGAAAUUGAACUUCACAAUACCCAAGCCCACUUUGAAUAAGAAGAAAAGACCAUGUCCUCUAAUUUAAAAAAGCAAUCUCAAACAUUGGGUGAUUGAAACUGCCUCUAAUGAUGAUGAACGAGUUUAGGUUAUUUGUUCUUCAGUAUGUUCAUAUAUAUACAUAUAAAAUGUAUGUUCAUAUAUUUAAAAAAGAGUAAAACUAGACAAUUAGUUCAUACAAUAUACCUGUAAGUAAAACUGAAUUUACUGUUGAAGUGUAUAAAUCUUAAUAUUAUAUGGCUCAAAAUUCUGGAAAUAUUCUGGAUAUACUGUAUAUGAUAUGCUGUGUUAGGAUGAUCAUCAACGUCAUCAUUUAUUUCAAUUACUACCCGGUACAUGUACAGUGAAUACCUACCCAACAUUGUAAACCAUGUAUAUUACCAAUCUGUGCUAAACAGACAUUGUCUUUCUAACUCUUAUCUGUCUUCUACACAAUUUUUCUAAGUAUCUAUGAUAAUAUAUAUGCAGACUAUGCUAUGUUUUAAUUGGCAUAUAGAAUACUUCAUGCAGACUAACAUUUGUCCGUCCUCUAUUUCAUGUUAUGCAAUUUUUAAUGUACUUGUGAAACAGUUUAUGCCUUACAUACUCGCAUUUUACAAAACCCAUCCGUCCGAUGCUUUAAUGACCGGUUUGAAUUCAUUUUGUGUUUGCAAAAUAUAGCAAGCAUUCAGUCUGUCUUCAUUGGUUAUAUUCAUGUUUUUUCAUCAAGAAUAAGAAAAUCAAAUAAACCUUUUGUUAUUUUCCUCUCCUUUAUCAAAAGUUAUUCCAGCCACACACUGUAUCAACAAUUUGCUCCCUUGAAAUGUUUGUUUUCUUGUAAGUAAAGAAUAAUAUGCCUUCUAUUGUGUGUGAAAAUGAUCUUUACUUAAAGAUGUUCAUGCGUGGGUGUAAAGUCAUUCCUGAAGUAGGCAACUUUGCAAUCACUACAUAACAAAGGGACACUAGUGCGUAUGUCCGUGGGCUGCCCUCUAUAUACCCAUGCUUGAGCAGCUUUGCAACUUUAACUUCUUAAGCUUCAUUCACACAUUAUGCAGUAAACCACCUUUGGAAAAUGUCAUGGCAAAUUUUUUUGAUAUUAUGUGUUAAUUAAUGGCAAGUGGGAUGAAAAGGUAGUUGGGUGAAAAAAGAAAGAGUACUCUCACUUUCCUUUGUGUUUUUAAGAUACAGAAAUAUGAAGUGCUCUAUGCUAGAUCACCUUAAUUUAGCUGUGAUAUUCUUUUAGGCACUUUUGUUUGAUUGAAGCUGAAUCAGAUUUCUUUUAUCUCCAAAGAGAUGUUAUUAUAAUAUUUCUAUAUUUGUAUAUAUGUAUGCACCUUGACAAAUAAUAAAGUAUAUUGUACGAUAGUUAA